ACAGGUACGGAUCAAACUCAAUCCAUCAGCACCCUAACCAAAUAAUCUUUGGUGUUUUUAAGAUUACAAGGUGUGUUGGGUUUGUUUGAAUUGAUCACAAAAAAGUAGAGCCUACAUGCGUGGAUUAGCUGCCUUGUCCCCUGCAAAGAUCAAGUUGUUCAAACAAGCCUACCCUAUGAAAGGGUCAUGGGGUACUGUGGCCACUUCAACACCAAAGAGACAAGGGAACAAUAUUGAUCCUGGCGAAGGAGGACUUGUUGCGAAACAGAAAACCGAACCAAUUGUCGCCUUCAGCAGGCCUCCGCCCCUUCCACCGGUUUUCGGACCAUUGGUUCUUCUCUCUCUGCUAGAAACGUGGUGGAAUCGCGAUAACAAUGAUGACUAAAAGGUGAUUUAUCUGUCCUUCUAAC